AUGGGUUUGGCUGUGGUUGGGGCUGAUGUUGAACUUGAAGAUGUGAUUGUGGCUGUUGCUGUUGCUGGGGUUGGGGCUGAGGUCGAACUUGUGGCUGUGGCUGUGGCUGUGGCUGUUGCUGUUGCUGGGGUUGGGGCUGAGGUUGAACCUGAGGUUGAACCUGAGGUUGUUGCUGCGGUUGUGCCUGGGGCUGAAGUUGAACCUUUGGUUGAGGUUGUGGCUGUGGCUGCGGCUGCAGUUGAGGUGGAACUUGUGGCAGUCGUUCAGGUUGUUGUUGAUAGAGAACAAAACUAUCUGAUAUCAUAUUCUUGA